AAGAUGACAGAGAGGUAGUAGUAGUAGGAGUAGGGAAGAGCAUAGAGAGAAAGAGAGAAAGAUAGAAAAGGGAAGAGAAGUUGCUUUUGGCGGUGUGGGAGUCACGAGAGGAGCGAGGGAGUCACAAGAGUCACAAGAAAAAAGGGAGAAGCGUUGAAGGGAGAAAGAAUGGAGAGAGGUAGUGGGAAGCUGGGGAGGAAGAAAAGUGGUGGAAACGGACAGGUUCUAGACGGUUCCAAUAUUAUGGAGUUGGUUGGAAACGACCAGGUUUUCACCACCUUCGUCGACAAUAAGUUCCAACAAUUAGACAUAGACAGAGAUGGCAAACUCUCUGUCAAAGAGCUCCAACCUGCUGUUGCUGACAUAGGUGCUGCUCUCGGCCUCCCUCCUCACGGCACCAAUCCUGAUUCUGAUCACAUCUACUCCGAGGUGUUGAAUGAAUUCACUCAUGGGAAGCAGGAAAAAGUGAGCAAAACCGAGUUCAAAGAGGUUCUCUCUGAUAUUCUCUUGGGUAUGGCUGCUGGACUGAAGCGUGACCCAAUUGUGAUACUUCGCAUUGAUGGGGAAGAUCUUCUGGAAUUUGUUAACGGUUCAGCUUAUGAAGCAGAAAUGGUGUCUAUAUUCUCUCAGAUUGAAUCCCCUAACAGAUCACUGCAUGACCAUAUAAUUGAAGCUCUUGGCAAGCUCACGGUGGAACAAGGAAUUCCUCCUAUAGCAGAUUCUUGGGUUUUAAGCAACAUUGUAGAACCGGCACUGCUGUCUCAAGAUAGAUCUGGUUUGGAUAAGCCUGUUUCUCAGGAGACAUUUUUAAAGGAAUUUAAGGUAGUGGCAUUGGCUGUGGCGAAUCGUCUUAAGGAGCAACCAGUCAUAGUUGCUCACAGUGAGAACACCUUUGAUGGAAGUGGUGUUAAGAGACUACUAUCCAACAAGUUUGAAUUGGACAAGACUUUGAACUCAGCUCUAGAGACUUUGCCUAAAGAUCGAAAUGGAAAGAUGUCAAAAGAGUAUCUACGGGUGGCACUGGACAUUGUGGCUCCAUCCGCUGGUUUACCUCCCCUUGGUGCAAUUGAAGAGAUGGAUAAGGUUAUUGGUGAAGUGUUUAAGAUGGUGAAUGCAGAUGAAGCGAAGAUGGUGAAAGAAGAGGAGUUCAAGAAAGUUUUAACUGAAAUACUGGGGAGCAUUAUGUUGCAGUUGGAGGGAAGUCCCAUAUCGGUUUCUUCAAAUUCAGUGGUGCACGAGCCUCUAGACUCAUCUUCUACACUUCUUCAACCAUCCUCUAGUGAAACUGCACCCUAGCUGUACGUUAUGGUGAGAGAAAGAAGACACAUAGUAUGGGUGGGAGAGGAAAACUGGUACAAGGAUGGAAGAUAAAAUGAUGGAGUGCUCUGAAAACGAUGAGGGGAAGUAUAAAUGCGGUGUGUGUGGAUGAAAAGAUAAAGGAGUCGAAUAAGUCAUUCUGAGUGGAAUAAGUAUAUUAAUAAACGGGCACAAAAGUUACCAGAAGCGAUGAAGAACCCAAUUAUCUUUAAAUGAAUAUUUCCAAAUAAAGAUGUUUCAUCGUUUGAGCCAGAACGAGAAUUGAAAUUGAAUGGUCA